GGUUCAACUCUCGUGUGGCAAGCGUCAGGCGUGCGAAUAGCGCGAUAAGCGUAUUAUUCAUACGCGACCAGAUCAAAAUUAAUGUUUUUAUUCUUUUCCCCCUUGUAACGGUCACUCGAGUGACCAUUGUUGGUAUAUUUAAAAGAAUUCGUCGAAUUUUCAUUACGGUGAGAUAGAAAUUUGAACGGAAAGAGAGUGCGCUCCGCGUGUGGAACGUAAACGUUACCGUGCGAGCGAUAUCAAAUGAAAAAGGAGCGUUUAACGUUCACAGAAAGAGUACGGUCUUUUAAAAGAUCGAGGCGAUUUCGUAAGGAGAGUAACCGGUGUGUAAGAAGACGAAGUCGGAGUUUUUUGAAUCGGAGAUCGAAGUCUGACGAAAGAACAAGUGAAAACGUAAACAAGUUGUGCGCGUGCAUCACGACAUACAUGUACGUCAUCUGUGCUCGUUUGUGAACGGCAAGUGUUCUCCGGAUAUCGUUGACAUCCAUCGAUCAUUCGUCUUCGAAUUUCAUAGUGUAACGAAUCGCAUCGAGAAUUGAAAAGUAAAGUGACACAACCAGCGAGAAAUUGUUCGAUUUUCAAGAAUAAAUAAAAUUAUUUAAACGGUAAAAUAAUGUUGAUAUCUCGUCGAACGAUGAAGAAUUGAAACCUUGAAGUAAGUCGUACGAGAUUGGAGCGGGAAGUUGCGGUAAAAGCAUACGCAGUUGUUCGCCGUAUAUAUUAAUCAGCUGUUCCUUCAACGAACCGUGCGCGGUGCACCGAUUCCGACUCCGAUUGAUCCAAUCGAACCGCUCGGCGUAAUCGAAAGAUCGUGAAACGAUGCGGUAGACGGGUACGAUAUCAAAUCGAAGGGAACAGCAACAAAUACCGGUCGUUCACCUAACCGUGCACACGAGAACCAGUCUCUCGUUCGUUUACCGUCCAGUGUUAACAAUUAGUGCCACGUCUUCGAGCGAUCGGUUCGAUCGAUCACUGAACAUCCUUUACGACUAAUUCUAAGCGUUCGUCCGUCACGAAAUGAUCCGCGUGAAAUCGGACGCGUUGCGUUUGGCUUUUCCGUUCUUGAUGAUAGUUUGAAGGGAAAAGAGGUGUUAUCCUAGUGUUUUCCGAACGCGACCACGUGGGUGUGUAUCGGAACGAAUUUGCUUCGAAAGUUCGGUUCGUUACGUGGGAGCGAUUACACGAGAGGAGAGUAGUCGGCCAGUUCAGUCAUCGUACGAAUUCCAGCGCGGCGGAAGUGACGAUACUCGCCGCUUCCUCGAACUUGUGCCUGUGGAACACGCGUGGGGCGUGUGGUUGCGCGUGUGCUGCGUCCGGAGCCCGGACGUCGUCGGGCCGCGCACAGCCUCGAAUCGGACACGGACAAACAGAAGAGAAGAGAAGAGAAGAGAAGAGAAGAGAAGAGAAGAGGAGCGGAACGAAACGGAACGGGUCGCUGGUGGAGGGUAACGGUGACCAAUAGAAAAAGAAAAAGUGUAUCAAGGAAAGGAAGAAGGAUGCAGCCGUGGCGAAGAAUCGCGAUCCACUACUGUUGUUGUUGCCGGAUGACGAUCGAACAACGUCCUGCGAGACGCACGGUCGGUCCUUGAAGGACAACCGGCCGUUUUUCGUCUCCGGAGGAUGGAUUGCUCUCGAAGAAACGAGUUGUACGAGAGACGAGCAGCGGUUCGUUCUUACAUGACGACCACGCUGCCUUAUGAACCUGAUUGUCUCACUUGGUCGAGGCGCCUCGCCACGCUCAGCGCACGAUUAUGCAGCUGAAGAAAGCUAUGCUUAAGAUUUUCGAUCAAUUAGGCCUGCACUUGCGGAGCAUCGAAGAGCCGAGGAUGACGGCGGAGACGGCAGCUCCUUGUGUGCAGGGGAUGCAAGGGGUGCAGACCGUUAUGUCGGUGCAGGGCACGUUGCAACAAGUGCAAGAUGGAAAGUCCACCGGUGGUGGUUACUAUUGUUCCACUUCUGCCGUUUACGACCCGGAAUACGCCCGCAUGGAAGCUUGGCUCGACGAACAUCCUGAUUUCGUCAGUGACUACUUUCUAAGGAAGUCAUCGAUGAAUACGAUAGCACAACUGUCCUUUUCUAUGCCACGUGGAUGUUGGAGAUCGAUAAAACAGGCAAUAAGAAAAUUAAUUAACAUUGAAUUAAGGAGAGGGAAAUUGUUUGUCGAUAGGAAAGUGACGAGACAGACAGUGGACAUGUGGCUGGUAUCACACGCGACUCCAACAUCAUCGUCGAGCAGUUGCAUGGAACUAUCGAGUCCGACCCAUACGGGUGGUACAUCGUCUUCUGGUCGGGGUGGUUCUGGUGGAUCAGGCGCGACCACCCCCGUUCGAAAGAUCUCGGCUCAUGAAUUCGAACGCGGUGGUUUGCUGAAACCGAUCGUUAACACGAUCGACGGGACCCCGACCUUCCUGAGCGUGUCACCCGGUGAUUCCGGCCAACCGGGUGUUCAGCAGGUCGGUUCUGGAAAUUCGAACAGACCUCAAAGACGAUCCAGACACGAACUCAGGCAUCUUGACGAAAAGGAUCUCAUCUUUGAAUUGGUUAAAGACAUCUGUAACGAACUAGACGUGAGGUCGUUGUGUCACAAGAUCUUGCAGAAUGUGAGCACCCUGUUGCACGCGGAUCGUGGCUCGCUGUUUCUCGUACAGGGCGAAAGAGGUGGUGGUUGCAUGCCUUCAUCGCAAAAUCAUGAUACCUCGUCGAAUAAUACGAGUGGCAACGCGAACCUAAAUAAAACGGGGAACGGGAACUCGGGACAACGUGGUGGCACGGGAUACUCGAGGAGCAGAUGCCUGGUCUCGAAGUUGUUUGAUGUGUGUUCAAGGUCGACGUUACUCGAGAUGGAGAAGAAAGACGAGAUCAAAAUUCCCUGGGGCACGGGAAUUGUCGGAUACGUCGCUGAAAGUGGAGAACCUGUUAACAUACCAGAUGCUUACAAGGACUCGAGGUUCAAUCGUGAAAUCGAUGCAUUAACAGGGUAUAGAACAAGAGCCCUAUUAUGUAUGCCAAUAAAGGACUGUAACGGAGAUGUGAUCGGUGUUGCCCAAGUGAUUAACAAACUCGGUGGUGAAGGACAAUUCACCGCGCAAGAUGAGAAAGUUUUCGCUGGUUAUUUGCAAUUUUGUGGAAUUGGAUUGAGAAAUGCACAAUUGUACGAAAAGAGUCAAUUGGAAGUGAAAAGAAAUCAGGUACUUUUGGAUUUGGCUAGAAUGAUUUUCGAAGAACAGAGCACAAUAGAACACAUGGUGUUGCGAAUAUUAACGCACACCCAAUCGUUAAUACAGUGUCAACGGGUACAGGUUCUCCUCGUGCACAAAGCAUCGAAGGGUAGUUUUUCAAGGGUAUUCGAUUUCGAGGCGAACGAUCUUACUGGCGAGGAUUCCGAUUCUCGCACUAGAAACCUUACAUGUAUUCGGUUUUGUUCAUGCAGUCCAUUCGAGAGUAGAUUCCCAAUAAAUGUUGGCAUCACUGGUUACGUUGCUACAACUGGUGAGACGGUAAACAUACCGAAUGCCUACGAGGAUCCAAGGUUCGACCCUUCGGUUGACGAUGGUACCGGUUUUAGGCAUCGUACCAUACUUUGUAUGCCCAUCAAGAACUCAUCGGGUCAGAUCAUCGGUGUCAUUCAACUGAUCAACAAGUUCAACGACCUUGCCUUUACAAAAAAUGACGAGAAUUUCGUCGAAGCGUUCGCUAUUUUUUGUGGCAUGGGCAUUCAUAAUACGCACAUGUACGAAAAAGCUGUGAUAGCAAUGGCCAAACAGAGCGUCACGUUAGAAGUAUUGAGUUACCAUGCUUCGGCAUCGUUAGAAGAUGCGCAAAGACUAAGGGGCUUAAGAGUGCCUUCAUCAGCGAAUUUUCAAUUGCACGAUUUUAAAUUUGACGACAUUUACAUGGAAGACGACGAAACAUUAACAGCCUGUCUUCGCAUGUUUUUGGAUCUCGACUUUGUCGAACGUUUUCAUAUCGAUUACGACGUACUUUGUCGUUGGCUUCUAAGUGUAAAAAAGAAUUACAGAAAUGUUACCUAUCACAAUUGGCGUCACGCAUUUAACGUCGCUCAAAUGAUGUUCGCUAUUUUAACUGCCACACAAUGGUGGAAAAUUUUUGGGGAGAUCGAAUGCCUUGCGCUUAUUAUCGCUUGUUUGUGUCACGAUCUAGAUCAUCGAGGCACAAAUAACUCUUUUCAAAUUAAAGCAUCGUCACCGCUCGCGCAACUCUAUUCGACAUCGACGAUGGAGCAUCAUCAUUUCGAUCAGUGUCUGAUGAUACUGAGUAGUCAAGGGAACCAAAUCCUGUCGAAUUUAUCGCCUGAAGAAUAUUCUCGCGUGGUAAAAGUUCUCGAAGAGGCGAUCCUUUCUACCGACCUAGCGGUAUACUUCCGGAAAAGGGGUGCUUUCCUUAGUUUAGCCAGGGGUGGUGAUUACAAUUGGGCUUAUAGCGAUCAUCGAGAACUUCUACGAGGAAUGUUGAUGACCGUCUGCGAUCUGGCGGCUAUAACGAAACCUUGGGAUGUCGAGAAAAGAGUAGCAGAAUUAGUCAGUAGCGAGUUCUUCGAGCAAGGAGACAUUGAAAGGCGGACCCUCAAUAUCACUCCCAUUGACAUUAUGAAUCGAGAAAAGGAAGAUCAGCUACCAAUUAUGCAAGUUGGCUUCAUCGAUUCGAUCUGCCUUCCUAUUUACGAGGCAUUUGCUUUAUUAUCGGAUAAGUUGGAACCAUUGGUCGAAGGUGUGCGCAAGAAUAAACAACACUGGCUCGAAGUCGCUGAAUCCAGAUGUAAAAUGGAGAACUGUACAAAUCACGAUAGGACGCCGCCGAUGUCCGAUAACGAAGUAGCCAGUGAGCAGGCGGACCAAUAAUUAUUCUUAUCGAAACGAUAGAACAUAAGUAAUAAUAUCAGAUAAAUAGGAGCUAAUCCAUGGAUUAUAGUUUUUGCCUGUUUUUCGGAACAAAAGAAAUCUAUGGAGGCAGGUGUUCGCCAUCACAGUAUAUUCUUUCAGCUGUGCACCUUUGUCUCGAUUCUACAGGGUGUUCCUGCGACCCGCUGACAGAACCGGAAACGGAAUGAAUCUACCUGAGAAAGUAAGUCGAGGAUGUGGAGUGAGAUUUUUUCGUAUUUUAAAAAACUAUCACAGCGUAUCCUGGUGUUGGCGGGAAGAACUAAAAAUUAAUAUAUCUUUUGCGCUCCCUAUCGGCAAAAUCAAAAAGCUCAUUUGGUGCACCUGAUACUAGAUAGCGCCACAUAUUUAACGCGGUUUUUUUUCUUUUAAAAUACAAAAAUUUCAAUAAUCCUACAUUUUCGACUUACUUUUUUAGGUAGAUUCACCCCUUUUUCUGAGAUGCCAUCAGGUCGAAAACACGCUGUAUAUAGGUAUUACAAACAUCAUGAGUUAUAAUUUAUUCAUUUUUAUACUGAUCGUUGAGAAACAUUCUUGGUAUUAAUCAUUCGUGAUUGCAAUUGCAGGAAGAAAUAGUAAAUAUUUUUUUUUUUUUAAUUAUUGAGGAACCAAUUUUGAUUGUUUUCUUUGGUGUCAUACAAAGUUUAAGUUUAACUCGUAACUGGUAUGAGAUAAAAAAAUUUGAUGAAAAUUACAUUUAUUUUUAUUUUAUAUACAGUACGUUGUUUUUAGCAGUUAGCAUAACUUGUACAAUUAAAUUUCGACUUUUUUUUUUAAAGAAAUUAUUAAGAUCUAAUAGAUUCAAUCAUACCAGAUACGGGUUAACAACUUGUUCCAAUACCCGAGCGUCUUAAAGAUGGGAAAAAAGGAAUAUUAUCAUAUACAUGGAGGCUUGAAGGUAAUUACGUUUAAGACGAUCGAGGAACUUCGUCCUCUCUUUAGUAAUAAAAUAGAUCACCCCUUAGAUGCUACUCUUGUACCUGAUCGUAUUAUACGUAUACUUAUUAUGGCAGAUCUUUGAUGUUCAGAGAGGACGAAGAAGAACAAGAUAAAAGCUAUGAAAAAUGAAAAAAAAAAAAAAA